CUUUUGCCCACAGGCAGUUGUCUUCGGAGAAGAGGAGAAAGAGCUCUCAUUUGCUGAGGCAACUCAGGAACUCAAUCGAACAAUGGAAUUCCAUUCUUCCAUAGGAAAUUUGGAUGAAGAUGGAUAUACUCAAUUAGACUUCAGCUCUUGCAAUAUCAUCAGGAAAUCUGUGGUCUCAGAGAAAGGAUUUUGUGCUGCAUCCCCUCGUUGGCGUCCCAUUGCUGUGACUUUGGGAAUUUUAUGCUUGGUAAUGCUGGUGAUAACUGUGGUCCUGUGUACCAUGGUAUAUGAAGCUAUCUGGAGAUCCAGUUCAGGGAGCAACCUGUUGAAGAAUAACAGCUUUCAAUCAAGAAAUAAAGAGAACCACAGUCAACCCACACAAUCGUCUUUAGAAAGGAAUAUGGCUCCUACCAAGGCUCUCACGACCACAGGCGUUCUUUCUAGCUCUUGUCCCCCUAACUGGAUCACACAUCAGAAUAGCUGUUAUCUAUUUAGCACAUCAUUAGAUUCCUGGGAUACAAGUAAAAGACGGUGCUUUCAACUGGGCUCUAAUCUCCUGAAGAUAGACAGCUUAAAAGAGUUGGAAUUUAUAUCUAGGCAAGUGUCUUCCCAACCUGACCAUUCAUUUUGGAUAGGGCUUUCUCGCCGUCAGACUGAAGAACAAUGGCUCUGGGACGAUGGUUCAAUGUUGUUGUCUAACUUGUUUCAAAUCAGAAGAACAGUUACCAAACAAGACUCAUCUCACAGUUGUGUAUGGAUUCAUGUGUCAGUCAUUUACGACCAACUUUGUAGUAGGCCUUCAUACAGUAUUUGUGAGAAGAAGCUGUCAAUAUAACGGUGGGGAUGUCGCCAUGGAGGAGCAGAGAGAAAUAUGUAAGAUAGUAAGGAGGGCAGAAAACAACAUGUUUAUGACCAAAAGCAUCAUAAAAAAAUCAUCCAAUUCCAUCUCUUUUUUUCUCAAAUAGCCGAGAGAAUAUGUCUGCCA